UUGUGUUCACUACGUGCGUUUUCUAAUCCGGUGUUCACGCUCUGUACCGGGAUAUGCGGAUGACGAACGCUUAUGCGGGACAAGUCGCGUGAAUAUAAGCGUAAUCUUCCCAAGGAUACGGAAAUUCCAGUGAAACGAAAGCCUAAAACUCUCGGGUACAUCUUUGAGGAAGAAGGAAUAUGUCUGUUUUGAAUGUGCUCCUUAAUCCGCAGCGUGUGUGUACGGGUCGGAUUCGCGAAAAGUGCUUUUUGAGCGUCGUAAUCCCAGCUGUAACUCGGGCAUUUGAUUAGGAUUCCGUUCCGGAACGGCACUGCAGUGUAUAGCGCAUUUAUGCGUGAUUGUGAUAGGCUAAGGCGGCUGAACAACGCCUGGAAUGAGAGUGGAGUAAUAAUUAUAUUUAUUGCUGUGUGUGUCGAUAAUACCCAGCGAUUUGCUGCGUUUGUUCUUAUGUGCUCAAACAAAUUAUUGUGUUCCAAGCAAAUCCAUAUUUAUAGUGUUUACUCUAUUCGGGAGGAAAAUGACAAGUGCGGCGCGCUCCUCAAUACGGAUUUAGGUUACGUACAUACAUAAUCAGGACGUGAAUGCGACACUGGUACUCGCAUUCGCACUCGUGUGUAGUGUGAAGAGUGAGCACUAUGCAAAUCAACUUGGAAUUGAAAUUGUCGCACCUGCUAACUCUGACUGCGAUCCUGGCUAGCUGGCUCGUGGGUAAGGACGCGAAUUCACGCGAGAAUAUGGUGGUCCUUGGCAAAGCGCAUCGACGACAGUUCCGCGAGUAUAUUGUGAGCUAAAUAGAUGAGUAUCCUCCGUAAGGACCUACCCGCAUCUGUGAAAAGUUGUGUGUGACACCACGCGUUCUACAUUUAUGCCGAUGUAUCCGCAUAUGUUCAAGACUUCCAUGCAACAUAUUUAUUCGGGGCACGUCAUUCUUCAUUCAUUCCAUUCCAAUAAAUAUCCAUAAAACGUAGAUAACACCCAGCUGUUUACAAAUCAUUAUAUUUUGAAUGUUUCCGCUGCAUCCCCUAGUUGAUGCCGAAUAAUUCAAAUAAUUCAAUUUGUUUUCAUGUAUCAGAUUUCGCUCGAAAAACGAUGGAAAAAUUACCAGCGAUCAAUCAAUUAAUUAAAUAAUUUUUAUAAAAGUCGAAUUGGGUGGCUGUUUCGGAGUUUUGUAAUUUUGAUUGCGCGAAUUCAGGAAGUGUCGCGAUUGUAAAAAGGAAGAAAGGGAAAAUAUCGUGUAUGCACGGGAUUUGCUAUUGAAAAAAUGAAUUCCAAGUUAGCAGUAGUAUUGCAAUUGAUUGCAGCAAUUUUCACGUUACUCCUGUUUUUUACGUCACUUGUGUGCGGACAAAUUGACUGGGACGACGAUGACGACCCUGUGUCAACGGUAUCGGUGGAAGCAGUGCUCGGACGUACCGCGAAACUACCCUGCGAUAUUGAACCGGAAACCAAGGAAGACCGAGUGUAUAUGGUGUUGUGGUUUCGAGAGAGCGCCGGUAAACCUCUUUACAGUUUCGAUGUGCGCGGCAGAGCUUUCGAAAAGGCAUUAUAUUGGUCGGACACAAACGCUUUCGGACCAAGAGCAUAUUUCGUGACGAAAUCACUACCCGCCACAUUAACUGUACAGAAUGUGCAAUUAGACGACGAAGGAGUCUAUAGAUGUCGAGUGGACUUCCAGAACUCACCAACACGAAAUCAUCGAAUAAAUUUAACGGUUAUUGUUCCUCCUCAUGUUAUGAUGAUAUAUGAUGCUUCAGGGCGAGAUGUAGCUGGUGUUGUUGGACCGCUUUUAGAAGGCGAUAAUUUAGUACUAACAUGCGAAGUACGAGGUGGACGACCCGAACCCGUAGUGACAUGGUUCAAUGGUUCGCAGCCACUUCAGAUUGGUAACGGUGUGCUUAUGGGGCGACAUGUUACAGUGAAUCGUCUUGAAGUGCAUCAACUAACCCGAGAUGCACUUAAUAACACUUACAGAUGUGAAGCAUCGAAUACAAAGUUAGCACCACCGUCUAUUAAAACCGUACGCCUUGAAAUGUUAUUAAAGCCAAUAUAUGUAAAUAUUACGGAGAAACCUAAAAUGUUCACAUCUGGCAGCGAAUACAUUCUGACGUGUGUUGUUGUGGGAUCCGUGCCAGACACCGAAAUCAAGUGGAUGCAAAAUAAUCGGUCCUUCAAAAGGGGGAAUGUGAGUUUGUCGACAAAUGGGAGCACGGUAACGUCAAGCUUAAUAUUUCACCCCUUGCCAGAGGAUGAUGGGACGAUUUUGAAAUGCGAAGGCUCCAAUCCACGUCUUCCGAAUUCGGCUCUGGAGGAUUCGCUUGUUCUGAACGUUAUGUAUCCGCCACAAGUGACUCUAUCAUUAGGCUCCACAUUGAAACCGGACGACAUAAAGGAGGGUGACGAUGUCUAUUUCGAGUGUCAUAUCAAAGCCAACCCCAAGGAGCAUCGCAUCAUAUGGUCCCAUGAUGGUGUCCCAGUGACGCAGAAUGUUUCGUGGGGAGUUAUCAUAUCCACUCGAUCCUUAGUACUUCAGAAGGUUGCUCGCUUGCAUGCGGGGUUAUAUGCAUGUUCAGCUGCUAAUGACAGAGGGGAAACACAAAGUGCCUUAGUCAAUCUACGAAUAAGAUAUGCGCCGGUAUGUACAACAUCGACGGUAGUUGUUGUUGGAGCAUCCUUGGAGGAGUCCAUAUCGAUACCGUGUCGAGUGAAUUCCGACCCACAGGAAAUUGAAUUUGAGUGGACAUUUUCAAGCAGUGGUGAACAUUUUGAAGUUCCGUCUGGGCACUAUACCACCGUGCAAGAGACGUCUGGCGGCACUCAUCGGACUGUAAUUGAAUCUAACGAGACCCACAUUGAAAGUUACGUUGAAACAGUCAGUGAGCUCGUCUACACCCCGAAAAGCGAGCGUGAUUAUGGAACCUUGGCAUGCUGGGGGAAGAACUCGAUCGGAAAGCAAACAGAGCCGUGUUUAUUUCAAGUGGUUCCGGCAGCUAAGCCAGCAUCAUUGCGAAAUUGUACCCUGCGCCCCUACGUCGUUACAUCGGCAGCAUCCUUGAACUCAUCCAAUGCAGCCACAAUGCACUCUAAUGGCCUGGUGUCCCCGUCAUCGUCGUCGUCCUUGUCGUCGUAUAACAAAGAAUCAACGAACGGGAACCACGGCAGCUACGUCCACUCUGAGUACAUACGUGAGGCUUCGGCCUAUUUGAACAUCAAAACGAGGACAAAAAGAAAACGUGAUGCUGUAAAGAGCGGCUCCUCUUCGCAAGGUCGAGCACAAAAACCCAGCACUGCAAACAGAAGAAAGGCACUAGGGUCGAGCAAUAAUACGAAAACUAAUAUGAUUUUCGAAAAUAGUAGGCCAGCGGCACCUGACGUCCAUACGAAUGAAGUGGUCAGCCUGGUUGCGGCCAACACGACGAAGGACCAGGACGACCUCAAGCAUUCCAAAUCCAAUUCAUCAUAUGCCGCUAGGAGCGUAAUCGAACGAAUGUCGAAGCGACAUGCGAACAUCUACGCUACCUCCGCGAGCAUAAAAAGAGAUAAAUUACGACGGAACGCCAUAGAUAAUGACGAUGAUAAAUUAGAUAAGUUCAAAUCAACGAAACCCGUUACAAUAGCCGAACCUAUGGUCCGGCUAUACAGGAGUAAUGGCGGUGUCGGAUUUCCCAAUACCACAGCGACAAAUGUAUCGAAUAGUUCCAUGUCGUCAUUACACAGCUCGUCUUCAGGAUCCGGAGAAUCGUCUGCAUGGACCCCGCUUGUGGCGACCAGCCCAGUGGAUGCCAUUGUGCCAAACUAUGCAUAUCUGAAAAUGGAAACGACCAGCAACGGGGCCGGCGGUGGGAGUAAUCAAGUCGUGGAAAACUACGAGAAUAUUGUAUAUUCGGCGAUAGAACUUGAAUGUGUGGCAGGUUAUGAUGGUGGUUUGCCGCAGUAUUUCGUCCUUGAAGCGUACGAUUCACGCUCGAAGAAACUGCGAUUGAACAUGACCAGCACUUACCCGGAUAUUCCGCUCUUUCGGAUCGACUUAACAGAAUUGACACCAUCCGACAGCUAUAUGGAUUCGCCACCUACUCUCCACCUGAUAGCAUACAGCGUAAAUCAGAAAGGCAGAUCUGAACCCAUCAUCCUGGAAGAUAUUGCGAUUAAUGAAGCGGAAAAACGAACAGAUGGUGCGAUAGGACUUUCGAUUCUGCCGCUCGCUGCGCUCCUCACAGGAACUUUGCUGACUAUCGGCAUCGGUGUCCUUUUGGUUGUGGUCAUUGCUAUAAGGAAGAGAAGAGAGCAAAGCUCGUCAAGCUCGUGUGACGACAAGGAUAAACAUUUAGGAAUGGAUGUGACAGUUACAGCGCCACUGGAAAUGGGAGCUGGACACCAAAGAUUCGUCGUCGCAUACACUUUGAAGCAAGGAAUUGAAAAGCAGCCUGACAUUAUCAAUGCUCAGAAAGACUCAGAACAAAACCUUGCCAUGAAGCAAAAACAGAAUGCCACAACACCACCGAGCGGGCGACCCAACGCCCUGUAUCUCGGCAAACAAUCAUACACGCCGCAAAACUUUGAAUCUCCCACAACAAUUUUCACGGAGACUGAACAGCAACAAAAAACCACACCAUCAAGUCAUCACAGCACGUUAAAGUACAAGGACGACGGUCGCAAAACCUACCAGGAAGUCAUUUAUAGUACGCUUCCCGUUAAAAAUGUCCUGCACGAAAGUAUCCUUUCGAAUAGCGCCACAAUGCUGGCACGCAACGAGAGCGGACGGUACGACUCACCGACAUCCAAUUAUGGCAAUAAUUGCAACGCAAACGCCGACUUGCAAAACAAUAUUUCGUCGCACAAAACAGAGUUCAAUAAAAACGACGAGUAUGGACUAUCCGUAGCGGACUAUUUAGGUUCUAAUCUAGACUUUAGUUUAGGCAAUACCGACUCAGCUAUCACUAUGGGUCGCGUUAGUAAUCCCACAAUUUCAUCGACUACUAUUAGUAAAACAAAUUCAACUAGAAACCAUAUUAUCACGGACACGCUGCCGGGUCCGGAGAGCUGCGUUUAAAAGAUGCAAUAGUGGGCAGUGGCUGAGUCCUACAAUUCAAGUAAUAAGUAAUAAAAUGAGGAAUAAGUAAAGCAUAAGUAAAUGAAUAAAUAAAUGAAGACUGGUCCAUUGUAAAUGUAAAAGAAAUUCUUACGAGACAUUGUUAAACUAAGAAGAAAACACUCACGUUCAACUAUCUAAAGAUGUAACGAUAAUAUCUAACACAUAUCGAAGAUACUCUGUACGGUUAUUUGUUUGAUUCGGCUUUAUUGUUAAUGGAUGUAGUUGAUAAUUUUGCUCAAGUUUUAUUUUCUAAAACGGAACAUCAAAAGUAAGACGAGAGAUCACUUGAAAAUGGUGGAAAAUCUAGAUGCGUCCUGGUUCUUUCCAAUUGUCUGUCGGAAAAUUGCUUUUGG